CGGUUGCCGGCCAAUUUUGUCAACAGAAGUCACUACCUUACCUCGUGGGACGACCAGGCACUUGGAAUCCAAUAGAAAGCACGGGAUACAUAAGCAUACGAGACACGCGUAGUGUAUUCAGACUAUUUUACAGCUGUUAUAGGUCGUUGGGUUAGAAGUAAAACAUUUCUGGAUAGAUUAUGCAUGGUGUUAAAACUCUACUGGCGUCUAGAGCUGGUGUUUUGCUCAUAAGGAAUGGUGGAAAAUGGGAGAGAGUUGCGGGAAGUUUGGAAAGAAGACACUCACCUGCUCGGCUGUUGCACAUGAGCCCAUCACCGGGCCAGCAUCCGCGCCAUCAGCACGUGAUCCUAGAGACGGACGCCGGCACGUACAGUAAGAAGGGGGUUGCUGGGUUGGAGGACAUGUUGUUCUACACAAUCACCCAGGGAAAAGAGAAACUCUCAGUGGCACGUUUCCUGACAGCACUCAAAAGCACAGGCUUGAUGACCUCUGACCCCCGUUUGAGAGACUGCAUGCGACAGAUCCAUCAAGCUGUCCAAGAGUCUGUUGGAAUGACAAUGAUGGACCAGGAACUGUUCAGAAAAUGUGUUGGCAGUAACAUAGUCCUCCUGACUCAAGCCUUCCAAAGGAAGUUCAUCAUUCCAGACUUUGAGGCCUUUACCUCCCUCAUAAACCAUUUGUAUUAUAACGUACAGGCUCAGCAAGGAGGGAAAGUAGCAAACUACAUCCCUCAGUUGGCUAAGUUCAGUCCACAUCUCUGGGGAGUUUCUCUGUGCACAGUGGAUGGUCAGAGGCAUGCUGUAGGGGACACGAAAAUGCCAUUUUGUCUGCAGUCAUGUGUGAAGCCUCUGGAGUACGCGCUGGCCGUGCAUGAGGCUGGCACUGAGCAUGUGCACAAAUAUGUGGGGAAAGAACCUAGUGGCCUCAAGUUCAACAAACUCUUUUUAGAUGAAGAGGAUAAACCUCAUAAUCCCAUGGUGAAUGCAGGAGCCAUUGUAAUCAGCUCUCUCAUAAAGCCUGGUUCCAACAAGGCAGAGAAGUUUGACUUUAUGAUGGAUUAUCUGAAGAAAAUGACUGGCAGAGAAUAUGUUGGGUUCAGUAAUGCCACUUUCCAGUCAGAGAAAGAGACAGGUUACAGGAACUAUGCGAUUGGCUAUUAUCUCAAAGAAAAAAAAUGUUUUCCCAGUGGAGUUGACAUGAUGGCAGCCCUUGACUUCUACUUUCAGCUGUGCUCUAUUGAGGUGACAUGUGAGUCCGGCAGCGUCAUGGCAGCCACAUUAGCUAAUGGAGGGAUCUGUCCAAUCACAGGCGAGCGUGUGCUCAGUGCCGAAGCCGUCCGAAACACUCUCAGUCUCAUGCACUCCUGCGGCAUGUACGACUUCUCUGGCCAGUUUGCCUUUCACGUGGGUUUGCCUGCUAAAUCUGGGGUGUCUGGUGCUGUGCUGCUCGUAGUUCCUAAUAUUAUGGGGGUAAUGUGCUGGUCUCCGCCUCUUGACCGUGUCGGCAAUAGCAUCCGAGGCAUCCACUUCUGCCAGGAGCUAGUCUCGCUGUUUAACUUCCAUAAUUAUGACAAUCUGAGACACUUUGCAAAGAAGUUAGACCCUCGCAGACAGACAGGCCAUGAGAGGAACAAGUCUGUGGUGGAUCUGAUGUUUGCUGCUUACAGUGGUGAUGUUUCAGCUCUCAGGAGAAUUGCUCUCUCUGCAGUCAAUAUGGAAUUGACUGACUAUGACAUCCGUACCGCCCUACAUGUGUCCUCAGCAGAAGGGCACUUAGAUGCGGUCAAGUUUUUAACAGAUACCUGCAAAGUCAACCCCAAUGCAAAGGACAGAUGGGGGAACACACCUCUCGAGGACGCUAUGCAGUUUGGGCACAACGCAGUGGUCAAGGUACUACAGGAGUACCAGAGCAUUUACACACACACACUAAUGCCAGAGGAUCUCAGCGCUGACACGUUUCCCGAUUCCACCAUUGACGCAGAGGAACUGAAGAGCAUGGAGACGCUGAAUGGUUUAGUUUGAGUGAGAACUACCACGGGAAAUGCCAAACCGCAGAGCAGGUGUGGGCAGGUGUUACAGAGAUUGCUUCAAACCAAAGCUUUGCUGUUUGUAGACCUCGGCUAGCUUCUACUGAUGGUUUAAGAUAGUCAUUACUGUAGUUUCUCAGACCUCCAUUCAGUCUACUGUGGGAUUAUGAAACUACCAGGUACUUCCCGGUAAUUUCUGGUACGGCUCCUCAAAGACAGUGUGGUUUAUUCUUGGACCAAUUUAUAAAUGCUGAGGCUUCCUAGUUUAUCCUUGCAGAAUAAUUUUUAUGUAAAAGCCUUAACUCAAAGGAAGCCUUAGGAACUAGGCCAGGGGCCGGAUUCACGAAACAUUCUUAGGAUUAAAAAUCUUUAACUGCUAUUUUCUUCCUGGUUUCUGACUUUAAAAAUUAUGAAUAUUUUGUAUUCCAAAAAUACUUGAGAACAAUU